GGUAAAUGCACUAUAGAGUGAGCGGUAAAGGAAUUCAAACAUCGCAUGAAUCUAUUAUUCUAGAAUCCAUUGUCCUAGAAAUUUCCCAGAAGUCUUUGAGAAAAACCAGCGUGCAUCAAUCCUCAAUAGAUUGGGUGAUAUAGACCACAAUUUAGUAAUUCUCAGUAUUUUUUUUCAUUAGAUGAAAAAUAAUUUCCAUUUUUUUAUUUUUAUUUUUUUUAUAAAUAAACAAUUCAAGUUUUUGUUUUUUAGAACACAGUGGAUUCCUAAAUAGGCUUUGUAAAAUGUUAAGAUUUAGGCUUUUAGAUCUUUUUUCUGGAAAUUCGUGACAAAAUUUGAGGAAAGUCCCAGAGAAGAGGGGAACUUUCUUCUUCUACUAAUAAUUUCAGGCAGGUUGUACACUAGUGUGUGAAAUGCUGCCCCCCACAGGUGCUCAGUCGAAGUCACUGAAAUCUUAUAAUACAAAUCAGUUUGACUGAGGAAAUGAAGGAGUGGUCUUCUAACCAACAAAUCAGAAACACAUAACAGGCAAAAAGAAAAGGUGGAAAUGUUCAAAUCACUGAGUCUAUCAUAAAAAAAUAGGGUGAACUUGUUAGCAGUUUCCCUUUUUGUGGAAUAUGACAUCAUGUCCUGGUUUUGGCUGAUGUCACAUCCUGUACUGCAGGGCGUGAUUUGUAAAAGGUGUGUUAGCAGGUAGACUCAUGGCAUUAGCUGUUAGCUCGCUAUUUUUUCAAAGCAUUAUGGACACAAAAUGCUGGCUUCCAGACAAUUUCUCCGUUUACGCGGUCUCCGGUAAAUAAGAGGUGUGCAGAUGGAAGUGGAGGAGUGGGCUGGAGAUGAGGCAGAAGGAUGAGAGCGAGACGGCUCUGUCAUCUUGAUGGACAACUAGCCCAAACCAUUUUACUUCACACGUGUGCCGAGAAGUGUUCAAUUUCCGUCUGGUGAUUUCUAUCAAAGAGACGUUCUGUGAAUGUGUGCCCAGCUCCUCCCAACUCAAACACCGCUGGUCAGACUCAGAAACUACCAGGGAGACUCCGGCCAAGAGGAUGAGCUGCAGCUACCUGCUCUGCACCAUCCUGCUGUUUGUCGCUGUGCUGCUGGCCGUCACUGUAACCGGCACCAUCCUGUUUAUGAACCACUACCAGGCCCCGCCCAUGUCCGAUGGCCUCCCCCACAUCUCCACCAAUCAGGACGAGGGCAACGCCUUGGUCACCGUGGAAAGAGGCGACGGCUCCCGCAUCAACAUCUUCAUCGACCCCAACUGUCCCGACUACAACAGUAACUUCCUGAGGCUGGAGGGCGUGCAGACCUCGCUGCUGCACUCGCUGACCGACCACGACUCUGACCUGAAGUCGGUGAAAGGUCAGGACCGCGCCCUCCUCGUCAGUCUGGCCGAGGAGGUGGCCAAGCUCUCGGCUCAUGCGGGGCAACUGAAGAUGGAAUACGAGUCUCUACGCAGAGGCCAGGGCAGCCUGGGGCAGGACCUGAACGCUCUGCAGACGGAGCAGGGCCGCCUCAUACAGCUGCUCUCGGACAGCCAGAUCAACAUGGUGAAGGUGGUGAACUCUGUCAGCGAUGCUCUCAAUGCCAUGCAGAAGGAGAACGUGGGUCUGAAGGCUCGCGUCAAAGCUGAUUUACAGAGAGCCCCGGUGCGUGGAGCUCGCUUGAAGGGCUGCUCGAACGGCUCCCGCCCCCGCGACUGUGGCGAUCUGUACGCCAGUGGUCAGAGAGAAGAUGGUAUUUACUCCGUGUUUCCGCUGCACCACCCCACAGGAUUCCAGGUCUACUGUGACAUGACCACCGAAGGAGGAGGCUGGACGGUGAUUCAGCGCAGGGAGGACGGCUCGGUCAACUUCUUCAGAGGAUGGGAGUCCUAUCAGGAAGGAUUUGGCAGAAUCACUGGUGAACACUGGCUCGGCUUAAAGCAGAUCCAUGCACUGACCAUCCAGGCCAACUAUGAGCUUCGUAUCGACUUGGAGGACUUUGAAAAUAGCACCGCAUACGCCCAGUACGGCACCUUUGGAGUGGGCCUCUUCUCGGUGGACCCUGAUGAUGAUGGAUACCCUUUGACUGUAGGCGAUUACUCUGGCAAUGCAGGCGAUUCUCUUCUGAAGCACAACGGAAUGAAGUUCACCACCAAGGACCGAGACAACGACCAGUCGGAGAACAACUGCGCCUCCUUCUACCACGGGGCCUGGUGGUACCGAAACUGCCACACCUCCAACCUCAACGGCCAGUACCUGCGCGGCCAGCACACCUCCUACGCCGAUGGCAUCGAGUGGUCCUCCUGGACUGGUUGGCAAUAUUCCCUCAAGUUCUCCGAGAUGAAGAUCCGCCCCACCCGCGACCCUGACAAUAAAUAAAACUGACAGAAGAGGUAACAAAAAAACAAAAAAGAAGAGUAAAGAAGACAUUUUUGGAAACAUUAUAAACAAUUUCUGACAGCGACAUGGAGUCUUGAUGUUUAUCCACAGAAAAGUACCUCUUCGGAUUUAGUUUACAGUUUGCCUCAUGGUGUCUCCUCUUUCUAAUUUUCCACCCUGUCUGCCUUCAUCCCCCUUUUUUUAAAUCGCGUUUGGCCCUAAUGCCCUCGUUUUGGAUCUUUCCGAUGA